AUCCAGGAUCAGUCCUAUUCGAACCUCCUUUGGAGUGCCGGGAACAUUUAGUUCUUAUUUAUUUAAUAUUAAUUUUAAGCAAAAUGCGUGUGCAGUUGUGUGUGUUGGCGGUCAUGUGCGGCGUUGCCGGCAUUUCAGCUUCAGCUAUGCCGCCAUUCUUCACGGCCUGCUCCGCGUCAGACCCCGGCCUAGACUCGUGCAUCGAGGGCGUGAUCCGGGCGGGCGGGCGGCGCUUCACCCAGGGCAUCCCGGAGCUGGGCAUCGCCACGCUAGACCCGGUCCACCUCGGCACCGUGCAUGUGGACAACCCGGCGCUGAAGUUGACCUUCUAUGAUACCGUGGUGACCGGGCUUGGAGGGUUCAGGAUUAAUGCUUUUAGGAUGUACAACUCGGAGGGCCGCGCGACGCUGGACUUCACGUCCAACGUGACGCUGAAGGCGGACUACGACAUGGAGGGGCAGCUGCUGAUCCUGCCCAUCCGCGGCAAGGGACAGGCCAAGAUCAAGAUCACGAACCUGAACAUCAUAGUGAAGUACCAGUACUCGACGCACGACGGGCACUGGCGCGUGGACAGCUACCGGGACAGCUACAAGAUGGACCGAGCUCAGUUCAAGUUCACCAACCUGUUUAAUGGCAACAAACAGCUCUCGGACACGAUCCACACGGUGAUCAACACCAACUGGGAGCCGGUGAUGCACGACAUCGCGCCCACUGCCUUCCAGCACAUCAUCCUCGCCUGCGUCAACGAGGUCAAGAAACUGUUCCAAGCCGUGCCAGCUAAAGAACUUCUUAGGCCUUGACUGUGUUUUGUUUAUUCGGUAGUUAUUAGAGUGAUAUAAUCUAACUAUUAUGUAGGUAAAAGCUACAAAAUUGGUUCUCCUCAGUUUUCCACACUGGCUUUGUGCACACUUUUGACUAUUUUGGGGAAGUAAAUUCCCAUUCUUCGCCAGUGUGCAUAAAGCUAAUGUGACGAACUGGAAACAACCGCACAAAGUCUAGACUAGGAGCCCAACUUAUCCAAACACAAGUUUCCUGAAAUGGUCACUUGUUUACAGUUUUCAACGUUGUUUAAGUUUCACCUUCUAGAGUCCAUUUAACUCCUGAAUAAACUUGAAGAGAAAUCAUGCUGCAAUAGCAAGCCAAGGGCGAUCUCAGACUUUCUGCUAUUGAAUAAUUUAAACGCCUGAUUUUUAUGUUUAGCUACAAAUCACAUAGUUGUGUUAGAAACCUAAUCGUUUGAAUAGAGGUAAUCUUAGGCGCUAUUACGCUAACUACAGUAUCAGGAUAU